AUGCCUGAGAUCGCAGAGGUAGCACGCGUAGUGCAUUACCUUAAAAAGCACCUAGUGGGUCGCACAAUCGCCUCUGUCCGCGCAGAAGAAGAUGACCUACUUUUCGGCAAAGUUGGCACAUCAGCAUCAGCGUUCAAGACUGCAAUGACUGGGAAAAAGAUCCUUGAUGCCCGCCAACAAGGCAAAUACUUCUGGCUCAUCAUGGACUCCAAACCGCACCCACUCAUGCAUCUUGGUAUGACUGGAUGGAUCAAAUUCAGUCAUGACGAUACAAGCGCGUAUUACAAGCCGAAAAAGGAAGAGACAGAUUGGCCGCCUAGGUAUUGGAAAUUCGUACUGAGUCUGAAGGGGAAACCAGAAUGUGAAGUUGCUUUUGUGGAUCCGAGGCGGCUGGGGAGAUGUAGGUUGAUCAAUGCGGAGGCGGAAGACAUGAGGAAAACAAGUCCGCUGAAAGAGAAUGGACCUGAUCCAGUCAUUGACAAGGAUGUGCUUACCGUAGAGUGGUUGACGCAGUUGUUGAGGCGAAAGAAGGUACCGGUCAAGGCACUGCUACUUGAUCAAGCGAACAUAUCCGGGAUAGGGAACUGGGUCGCGGACGAGACAAUGUAUCAGGCACGACUCCACCCCGAGCAAUACAGCAACACGUUCAGCGACGAGCAGAUCAAAAGGCUUCAUGAUGCGAUCAUGUACGUCUGUGAUACAGCGGUUGGAACACUCGCUGAGUCAGACAAGUUUCCAAAGGAUUGGCUAAUGAAGUACCGGUGGGACAAGGGCAAGAAAACCGGCGGUAAACUACCGAACGGUGCAAAGAUCACGUUCUUGACGGUUGGUGGACGCACGUCUGCGGUUGUACCUAGCGUACAGAAAAAGACAGCCGCCGUCGCUGGUGAUGUGUCCGAAAGCGCUGACGACAAGAGUGGGGAGAGUGAAGUGGAGGUCAAGCCAAAGAAGAGCGCAACAAAGAAGAAAGAUAUCGAAAAUGCCGAAGAGAAUCAGCAGGCCAAAGCAGCAACAGCAGCAGACAAGCCAAAGCGGGAGCGGGAAAAGGUUGAUUAUGAGAUCAAGAACGAGUCUGAGGAGGGCGAGGAUGAAGCCCCUGUUCCAAAAAGGCAGAAGACUUCUAGUAAAGCCCCACCGAAGAAGGCCAAGGCAGUUAGAGAGGAAUCGGACGAAUCGCCCGAAGAAGAAAUUGAGGUUAAGGAGGCUCCCACUGCUAGUAAAGCCAAAAAGACUGCCGGCACCUCGGCAAAGAAGGCUGAAAGUACGGAAGCUAAGGAGGUCGUCAAGAGUGAAGAAACAAAUGGGCGGCGACGGUCAGGUCGUACGGCAAAGUGA